ACUCACAACUCACACCUACCAACUCUGGUCGACUUCUCCCAAGAUAAAGCCGAGGGAUCGAAGCCUUCCAUUAGCCUAAACAAAAAAGAACAUCACCAAUCCAAAAAUGUUGCCGGCAACGAUGAUCGGAAGUAGUGCACUAACAGGUAUGUGGGGCGCAAAUAUCGGCUCUACCAUAGCCAGCUUCAUGUUUGUGUGGAUGAUCAUUCGCCAAUAUUGUCCUUACGAGCUUCGCCGCUUCUUUGAAAAAUACACACGCAGACUUACGGGCUACUUCUAUCCCUAUAUUCGGAUUUCCUUCCACGAGUUCAGACGAGAAAGGCUCAGGCGUAGCGAAGCCUAUGCAGCUGUUGAGGCAUACCUUAGCGCCAACACUUCCAAGAGCGCUAAAAGGCUCAAAGCUGAGAUGGGCAAAGAUAGUAGCAGCCUGAUGUUGAGUAUGGACGAGCAUGAGAGAGUCACCGACGAGUUUCAAGGCGCCAAAGUCUGGUGGCUGUCAACCAAAGUCGUUGCGUCCUCAGCAACGAGGUCCACGCCAUAUUACCCUGAGCCGGAGAAGAGGGUCUACAAGCUCACGUUUCAUAACAAGUACCGUGAGAUUAUCACUGAGUCAUACUUGGAGCAUGUUCUGAGUAGGGGGAAGGAGAUUCGAGUAAGGAAUAGGCAGAGGAAGCUCUACACAAAUACUCCUGCUCACAGGUACUUUCCCAGCCACAAGCAAACCAUGUGGAGUCAUAUCGUGUUUGAGCACCCGGCAACCUUUGAAUCGAUGGCGAUGGAGCCGGAGAAGAAGCGGGAGAUCGUUGAAGAUUUGUUGACUUUCAGCAAGAGUAAGGACUUCUACGCAAAGAUUGGGAAGGCGUGGAAGAGGGGUUAUCUACUCUAUGGGCCACCGGGGACAGGGAAGUCGACGAUGAUUGCAGCAAUGGCUAAUUUGUUGAACUAUGAUGUCUACGAUCUUGAGCUCACGGCAGUGAAGGACAACACGGAGCUGAGGAGGCUUUUGAUCGAGACGACCAGUAAGUCUAUCGUUGUGAUUGAGGACAUUGAUUGCUCACUUGAUCUUACUGGUCAGAGGAAGAAGAAAACAGAGAAAUCUUCAGAUGAUGAGAACGAGAAGUUGGGAAAGGAAAUUGCCAAGAAAGAAGCAAAGGAAGAGGGCAGCGGGAGCAAAGUCACUCUUUCAGGGCUGUUGAACUUCAUUGAUGGGCUGUGGUCUGCUUGCGGGGGAGAAAGGCUGAUUGUUUUCACUACUAAUUAUGUGGAGAAGCUGGAUCCGGCACUCAUUAGAAGGGGUAGAAUGGACAAGCAUAUUGAGCUCUCCUACUGCAGUUUUGAGGGGUUCAAGGUGUUUGCAAAGAACUACCUGGAUCUUGAAAUCCAUCCCAUGUUUGAUGCUGUUGAGAGGUUGAUGGGGGAGACCAAGAUCACCCCUGCUGAUGUUGCGGAGAACCUUAUGCCAAAGUCCCCAAUGGAUGAUGCAGAGAAAUGUCUAUCGAGCUUGAUACAGGCUCUUGAGGAAGCGAAGGAAGAAGAGGCGAAGAAGAAAGAUGAAGUCGUGAAAGAGAAAGAUGCAUCCAUGGAAGAUGCUGUCCAGUCUCAAGUGGACGAAGAAACUGAAAAACCACUGUAAAUUAGAAAUGCUCAAUUUGGAAAUAAUAAUUUUCGCCUAAAAUAGUUUUCGUGAAAAA